AUGAGCAAUGAACUGCUUCUAGUUCAUUACAAUGGAAAUUGGACGACAGAGAUAAAGUAUGAGGGAUACGAGGUUUGUGGCAUUCAUCACAAAGAAACAGAGACCUUUGAUGAAUUAGCUGAAGGUCUAAAAAAGAUGGUGAAUAUUAAUUCAUCAAGAACAAGGUUGGAGAUAAGGUAUCAAAUCAGAGAAGGUUACAAGCCAAUAACCGUGAAUAAUGAUAUGAGUUUGAAGUUUCUGAAGGAAUUGAAGAAGGUAGAAAAUGACUACACAAAAAUUCCUCUUUGUGUGACAUUCGAAGCAGUGGAAAGGCAUGAACUUAUCCUGGAAAACUUUGCAAGGGGAAAUGAAAAUCUUCCAAUUGAGGUGCACCAAGCAAGUGAUGAUAUCUAUAGAGUGAAAUUUGGAACUCAAAUUUUCAUAGUAGAUAUGAAAAAGAUGACAUGUACUUGUAAUAGAUUUCAAAUGGACGAACUCCCGUGUGCACAUGCAUUAGGAAUAAUGAGAGGUAAACAUGAAGAGCCCGAAGAUUAUUGUUCUCGCUACUACUACACAAGCACUUUAUUGGCAACCUAUAAUUCAACGGUAUUCCCAGUCGCAUAUGAGAUGAGAAAAGAUGGUUUUAGUGCAAAUAUUGAGGAUUUAAUAAAACCACAUGAAGAAAUAACACUAACUGGGAGGAGAAAAAAGAAGAGAUUCAUCUCAGCAUGGGAGAAGGGAAGCAAAAGAAUGCGAGUGUAG